AUGACCAUGCCUGAAAAAAUCACUGUCAAAUCUCCCAUCGUCGAGAUGGAUGGUGACGAGAUGACCAGAAUUAUUUGGCAAUUCAUCAAGGACAAGCUCAUCUUCCCAUACCUUAACAUUGACUUGAAAUACUAUGACUUGGGAAUGGAGUACAGAGACCAGACCGACGAUAAGGUCACCACUGAUGCUGCCGAGGCCAUUUUGAAGUACGGUGUUGGUGUUAAAUGCGCUACCAUCACUCCAGAUGAGGCCAGAGUCAAGGAGUUCAACUUGAAGAAGAUGUGGUUGUCUCCAAAUGGAACCUUGAGAAACAUCUUGGGUGGUACUGUGUUCCGUGAGCCUAUUGUCAUCGACAACAUCCCUAGAAUUGUGCCUCAAUGGGAGAAGCCUAUUAUCAUUGGAAGACAUGCUUUUGGAGACCAAUACAAGGCUACCGAUCUUGUUGUUCCUCUGGCCGGUAAGUUGUCGCUUGUUUUCCAACCAGAUGAUGGUUCUGCCGCUCAAGAGUUCCCUGUCUACCACUACGAUGCCCCUGGUGUUGCAUUGGCCAUGUACAACACAGACGAGUCCAUCACGGCUUUCGCCGAGUCCUCGUUCAACAUGGCCUUGGACAGAAAGAUGAACUUGUUCUCUUCUACCAAAAACACCAUCUUGAAGAAGUACGACGGAAGAUUCAAGGACAUCUUCGAAGAUCUUUACGAGACCAAAUUCAAGGCCAAGUUCGAUGCAGCAGGUAUCUGGUACGAGCAUCGUUUGAUCGACGACAUGGUCGCUCAGAUGUUGAAGUCUAAAGGUGGUUACAUCAUCGCAAUGAAGAACUACGACGGUGACGUGCAGUCUGAUAUCGUCGCUCAAGGUUUCGGUUCCUUGGGUCUUAUGACUUCUGUUCUCAUGACUCCUGACGGAAAAGCUUUCGAAGCCGAAGCCGCCCACGGUACCGUCACCAGACAUUACAGACAACAUCAACAGGGUAAGGAGACCUCAACAAACUCCAUUGCAUCUAUUUUCGCAUGGACCAGAGGUAUCAUCCAAAGAGGUAAGUUGGAUAACACCCCAGAGGUUGUUCAGUUCGGUGAAGCUUUGGAAACCGCCGUCAUUGACACCGUUUCCAAGGACAGCAUCAUGACCAAGGAUUUGGCAUUGGCACAAGGACGUACUGACAGAGCAUCGUAUGUCACCACCGAGGAAUUCAUUGACGCAAUUCAAGCCCGUUUGAACAAGAACUUGAACUGGUAA